GUUAAAUGUCGGUGUUUCUCCUCCCCAUUCCUUGUCUGAUGCGGGGGGUGGAAUCCAGUUUUUUUUUUGUGGGAGGAUACGAGAUUCCAGCCAGGAUGGCAAUGGAACGCUGACAAGAAAAGUUUAGUCCGUUACCUCUUGACUGGACAGACCAAAACGGACUCAAUGGCGACGAAGUACUCAGAUCUGGAAUUGGCGUUGAACACCCUGGUGAGUCAGUUCCAUGCUGCUGCAGCCAACAAUGCCCACACACUAACCACAGAGGAGUUCCAGACCCUGGUCUCCACACAGCUACCCACCCUUGACAAGACAGCAGGAGAUGAACAAGGCUUGAGCCAGCUGCUGCAGCAGAUUGGAGUGAAGGAUGGAAGGGGGGUCUCCUUUGAGAACUUUUGGAACUUAGUCCAGACACUGGCCACCAUUCAAUACGGACAGAGGAGCCAGGAGAAGACAAUCAAGUGUAGCUGCGUUCUACAGUGAGGAGCUGGUCAAACAUUAUCUUGGGAAACCUACCACUUAAGGGAACAGUUUACACCACCCAGAAAAUCACACUUUAACCUGGGCCCCUCCCAACCACCCCAUCCUAGUAUUCUAACUCCCUAACUCCUCCCUGUCUGUUCACACCUGGUUGUUAUGUGUCUGCGGGGGCUAAUAAAGUUGUAGGCCUAUUGGAUGGUUAAAUGAAAGGUUUACUUUAUAGUCUUCUAUUCCAUCUGCAAUUACCCAACAUUAUUAUUUCAACUGCAUCGUUAUGUCAGUUCUUAUGGAUAAUAGCAUGCUAUUUAUGUUUUCAUUAUUUACAUUGUUGUCACACUUAUUAAAACCAACAUGUCAAAUGCUAAAAUGACUAGAAAUGAAACAUAGUAUGCAUGUUAUGUUCAUGAUAAUUGUAUUACUUGUUGAAUAAAACGUUUAAUUUUGUUA